CUCCACUUCCUCACCCUCCACUUGUCCUCCACCCCCGAGCCGUCCCCUCGGAUCUUCCGGAUGGUGGCACCCUGACCUUCCCUUCUUCACUCACGUUCGUUUCUCCUUGCCUGCCGCCAUGGGAUCGAAAUACAAGGACAAGGACGGCGGCGUCGUCCUGAGCUUCGGCGGCCAGUGGGUGAGCUGGGCGCACACGGCCGUCGCGUACACGGCCUUUCUCAGCGCGCUCAUCAUCGGCGUCGCGUUGCACUACCGCAAGAUUGUCCAGAAUGAGUUCUACGGCUACCCUGACGAGUGGUUCCCGUCCGUCUCCGCGACGAUUGGCGAUCGAUACCCGGAGCGAUCCUUCUUCAUGAUCUUCAUCGCCAUCACCUCUGGCCCUCGCUUUGCCCUCGUCGGCCUCUGGUAUCUCCUCACGCGGAGGCCCGGCUCCAAGCUCCCCGGCUUCGUCGCGUCCAUGGGGCUUCUGCGCACCCUGACGUGCGGCGGCUGGACCUACAUCACGUCGACCGACGACCACGACUGGCACGACAUUCUCAUGAUCUCCUACAUCGUCGCGACCCUGCCGUGGACGACGGGGUGCAUCGCCCUGAGCCCGGCGAACCCGACCGCCAUCAAGUACCGCAAGUAUCUUGCUGGCGCCUUCUUCGGGACCCUGGUGCCCCUGAUUUACUUUUUCAUUCAGCACAAGGUCCACCGCGUUGCUGGCGCCUACACGACGUAUGCCUUUUUCGAGUGGGCGUUGAUCAUCCUUGAUGUUGGGUUUGAUGCGGUCACGGCUCUUGACUUUUCAACAUUUGAGGUUCUGGUCAAGGAUGUCAAGGGAACCAGCAAGGGUGAGAACCUCUCCUCGGUCCCGUCUGCCGUGCUGGAAAAGGAACAGGACAAGGUCACUGCCGGCGUCUUUUCGUUGCGCUUCACCUGGAUAGAGGCGCUCGACACUGCCGCGGAUGUCUAUCACGGCUUUGUAUUCUGGUCCAUGUUGACCAGCCUGGGCCUGCUCGUCUGGUUCUUUCCCCUCUGGCACAUGGGCAUUUCCGGCUACGAGGCCUUUGUCUUGGUUUCGAUCUCGCCGGUGCUCCUGGCGGGGCCCCUUCGCCCCGUCAUCAUCAGUAAUCUGCGCGUCAUCCACGUCCUGUCGCUGGCGGGCGUCGCGGCGUACCUGGUGAUUGACCCAGUCUACCGCCUCUUCACGGUUGGAUUCGGCGUGGCCCUAGCCACGUUGGGCUGGGUGGGCACGCUGUACGCCGAGUCGAUGCACGAGACGCGCUUCGAGUCGAAGCUGCUGGGCCUGAUGGUGGGCCUGAUCCUUUCGUCGACGGCCAAGUUUGCGUGGCAGACCAACAACCCCAUCUGGCCCAUCAUGCACGGUGCCAACGGCGGCUGCAACGCGACGGGCCUUGUCCUCGGCCUCUUCGCCGCGCUGCGCUUCACCCGCAAGGCACCGCUCACCAGCGGUUCCGCUCCGGAUGGCAAGCUGGGAGGGUCCGCUCUGCUGGCGGCCUUUGGUGUCGGCGGCUUGUUCUUUGGCCUCCACUCGCUCCUCUCCGACACCAGCACCAUGAUCCUCUGGGUCUGGGAAGGAUUCCCCAUCCGGGGACCCUACUUUUCCACCCACGGCUGGUGCACCCUGGCGGCCAUGUCCCUGGGCCUGUUCGCCGGCAUCUCGAAGCCCUCCCUGGCCGGCAGCUGGACGCACUACGCCAUGGGCACCGCGGGCGCCAUGCUGCUCACCUUCUUCAGCCACUGGACCGGGUACUAUGGCGGCCUCGCCCUCGCCUUCUACCUGAUGGCCGUGGCCGUGCCGUUGAUCUCGACGGCGUGCAAGAAGAGCCCGGCGACGACGUUUGGCCUCGGAUUCGGCAUCUACAUCUUCCUGGUCCUCUUCCACGUCUGGGUCGUUGCGUACGCCUUCGUCCCCGGCGGCCCGCUCGUGCGCGAGCACACGGACUGGAUCAUGUACGUCACCAUGGGCCUGCUCGGCGCCGGCGUCUUCAACUACAACGCGUCGCAGCCGCCGAAGCGCCAGCAGCAGCAGAAGCCGCGGCGGUCGUCCCCCUCGCAGCACCGCAAGUACUUUGCCGUGUCGACGCUCGUCGUCAACGUGCUCUUCCUGUGCGCGGCGUUUAGGCGGUUCCCGACCAACGACUACAAGCCGUACCACGGCGAGGACCGCGUGCUGACGGCGGGCAUCUGGACCAUCCACUUCUCGCUCGACAACGACAUGUGGUCGUCCGAGUACCGCAUGCGCGACCUGAUCAAGGAGAUGGAGCUCGACGUGGUGGGCCUCCUCGAGUCGGACCUGCAGCGCAUCAUCAUGGGCAACCGGGACACGACGCAGUUCCUCGCCGAGGACCUGGGCAUGUACGUCGACUACGGGCCGGGCCCCAACAAGCACACGUGGGGCGCCGCGCUGCUGUCCAAGUUCCCCAUCGUCGAGUCCAGGCACCACCUGCUGCCCAGCCCCGUGGGCGAGCUGGCGCCGGCCAUCCACGCGACGCUCGACGUGUACGGCGAGCUCGUCGACGUCUUCGUCUUCCACUCGGGCCAGGAGGAGGACCCCGAGGACCGCCGCCUGCAGUCCGAGUACCUGGCCCGGCUCAUGGGCUCGACGCCCCGCCCGGCCGUCCUCCUCAGCUACCUCGUGACCAAGCCGCUCGAGGGCAACUACAACACGUACGUGAGCGCUACGUCGGGCAUGCACGACGUCGACCGCACCGACUGGGACCGCUGGUGCGAGUACAUCCUCUACAAGGGCCUCCGCCGCGUCGGCUACGCCCGCGUCAGCCGCAGCACCAUCACCGACACGGAGCUGCAGGUCGGCAAGUUUGUCGUCCCCCGCUCCGCCGCCGAGGCCGCCCAGCUCGAGGCCCGCCCCGCCGACGAGCGCGACCGCCGCGCCCAGGAGCACGAGGUGCCCGCCGGCUGGAGGUUCCCCGCCAUGUUCCGCGGCAACGGCGUCCGCGACCACCGCUACCACGUCUUUGACGAGCCGCGGUACUUUAACUAGGCAAGAAGCACUGUCCGCGCCGGGGGGGGGGGG